GCUGGAGGUGCAGUCAGUCGAAGGCGGUCGUAAUCCUAAAUUUUCUUGCUUAGAGCUUUCUAGGAGUUUUUCUUUCUCUACCAAGCUAUGAUGAGGCUCUUCAUAGUUGCUCGAGCCUACUUCAUGCUGAAAUAUUCCUGAUUGUUCGUCGUCGUCUGACGUCAUCAUGGGAAGUAGCUGCUCCUCUGCCCAAAAGAAAAAAGAUAAAGACAAUAAAAAUGCUCAGAGUGGACAGUCUCCGUAUGAUGGACGUCGUCGCUCGACUGACAGUCUGCCCUAUGGCAAAGGUUCCCCUUCGUCAUCCAGGCGUCCAUCCUUCGACCCUAACUCCACCCCAGCUCCUGUGGCAGAGCAGGCAGAGAGCCCCGUAGAUUCUGGACAAGCUCACAAAGUUCCUGUGGAUGCAGCUCUCUCUUCGAUUAGCGCCGGUGGAUCAUCUUGUUCACCUCCACCAGGGACGACUGGAACUCCACUGAUAAAAGAUGCACCAUCUCUUGAUGCCAUUGGUCUUCCUGAUUUGCAAAAGUUUCCUGACCAUGUCCGGGCUCUUUUGUUGGGCAGAGUGGCCGAAAUUGAAGUUUUGCCUCCUCUCCAAGAGAUUACAUUGUACAUAGCUGCAGAUUUUUAUGAUUCUGUUGUGGAAAGAGAUGCACUAAUUGAAAGAGUGUUCCCUUAUUUGAGGAGGUACACUGCAGAAAAGGGAUAUGAACUGAAUGUCACAGAUUUACAUUGGGGAAUACCUGGUGUAGGUCUCGUGGAUCACAGUAUACCUAGUAUAUGUAUGAAUACAUUAGAAAAAUGGAGAACGAGAAGGAGACUUCUAACUUUAGUUGUUUUUAAUGACAAUAUUGGACCAACAUUAUUACCAAGAUCACUACCAAAACCUCACUAUGAAUCUGCAAUGGAGUUGGUGGAGAAUGAGGAAGAUAAGGAGCUUUUUCAUAAAUGGUACUUGUUAGAUUCACAUGCUUCUCCCAUGGUAUAUAUCUUGCAACCUGUCAUUAAGCACUAUCCUGCUUUUGCUGGAGAGGAUCCUGCAGAGAGGAAAAAGACUUUUUUGCAAUGGAAAGAAGAAACAGAAAGAAUGAUUGUUGUCCUGGGGAACGUGUUACCUGAUGGCCAAAAGCAAAAGAAUCUCACCUCAGUUUUUCAAGAUGAAAUCAAGUUCGUAGUAAAUGAUGAUCCCCAAGAAGCCAAACGAGUCCUGUGGAUGCAACGUCGUUUUACGCACAAGCCUUCUGCGGGAAGUGGUGACAAGCCAUCGCCAAUUACUAAACGAGUGGACCAAUCCAAAAUUCAGUUAGAGGAUUAUCUACCAGAUACCCAAAAGCUGGUCUUUUAUGUGAAGUGGCAUGAAGAAGGAAUCGAUCCUCAAAACUUUGAGGAAGAUGAACAGUAUAUUUCAGAUUUUUGUGAUACUUUAAAGGAAGAACUUAAGAAGUUAAUUGAUGGACUUUUGGAAGAAGAUUUUCUCGAAGAAGCAAAUGAAUUUUAUAGAGGAAUAGAGCAACCUUUAUAUAUAGAGCUAAUUCAACAAUAUCAGACAUGCAAAUAUCUCCUUAACCAUAAUUCCAUUUCCCAAGACUCGGUGUUAACUUCAAUUAAAGAAUAUGUUCUAGGAAGCGCAAAUCAUCCAUUAAUAGUUCAAGGACCAGUGGGCUGUGGCAAGACCUGUCUUAUGGCAAAAGUGACUGAAAUGGCUUCUACUUGGUCUCCUGCAGCAUGUGUAGUUGCAAGAAUUGCUAAUUUAACCGCAGAGUCUACGACUCAACAGCAGCUAUUGAGAAGCAUUGCUGAACAAUGUUGUGCCUUGUAUGGAGAACAUACAGCAGUAGUUUCUUCUAGCACUCCUACGUGGGAUUAUGCACUAGGAAAACUGUUGUCGAAAGUGUCCGAGUUGAGGCCACUAAUAAUUAUUAUUGAUGGCAUUGACCAACUGGCUGAAUACAGUAACAAAGAUCUUCACUGGCUACCACGAGAACUGCCCCCUAAUGUUAGGUUAAUCAUUGCUCUUCGUGAUGAUAGUAAAGAAAUCUCCGAUAUUAAGGAAAUUUUAGAUGAUAGCAGCUGCUUUCUUACUCUCAGCAAUCCUUCAGUUGAAGAAAAUAAAGCUACAAUCAAUAAAAUGCUAGAGAAAAGCAAAAAAAGACUAAGUGAAACCCAGCAUCAAUUAGUGGCAUCGUAUUUGGAUGAAAGUUCUAGUGCUCGUUAUUCUUAUUUGCUCGGACUGAUUUGUAGUCAGUGGUUUGACAUGCUGGAGCCAAGACCUGAUAACAUGCAGAACAACACAGAAGGCCUCUUCUUUCACUAUAUGUCUCAUGUAGAAUCGCGCCUUGGUGUUACUCUAAUCACAUUUGUUCUUGGACUUUUAGUUGCUGCCAAGCAUGGUAUCUGUGAAAGUGAAAUGUUAGAUUUAUUAUCUUGUGAAGAUAGUGUAUUAAAUAUUGUAUUUUUUAAUGAAAAAACUAAAGUUCGUCGUUUUCCGCAUAUUAUAUGGUUGUUGUUGAAAAAGUAUUUAGAUCCUUUCAUUCAGACACAAGUUCUUGGUGGUCGGACUCUAACUAUGUUGUCUUCCGAGGCAUAUAGGACAGUAAUAAAAAAAUACCUUAAGCAAAAGGGGCACACAAUAAAAGCAUCUGCACAAACACUUGCAGAUUAUUUCUUCGGUAAGUGGGCAGAAGGUAAAAAGAAGCCUAUUUCUGCCGAUUCAGCCGAAGCACAAGACAGGUUCGUUCUCGACCAACCUCUCGCUUACGGCCCCAAUCCUAACCGCCGAAAGCUAGAAGAACUCCCCCAUCAGAUUUUGCAAAUCAAUGACUCCAUUCGAGAGAACUUCUUGUUUGACGCGACGUGGCUUUUAUACAAAUUUUGUGGAUCUGAUCCUUAUCAGCUUUUAGAAGAUCUUUCGAGCCAUAGGAAAACAUUAUCGGAGAACGACAAAGAACUAGAUUUGCUUGAAAAUGUCAUCCAAUUGUCCGGCUAUGCUCUGCGGAACGACGGCUCACAAUUCUUUUCCCAAAUGUAUGGGCGACUCCGGAGCUUUUUCGACAACUCCGAAAAUGCAUCGGGUUAUCCAGCAAUGAAAAGCAUUUAUGAAACUUCAUGUAAACCACCGUUAUCCUGUUUGUUGCCUAUUGGAUUUUGUUUAAAAUCUCCUGUUCUAGAAAACUUUACUGUAAAUUGUAAUUCCGAAAACCACGUCUCUCAUUCUCCAAGGUCUGAAUCUCCCAUGCCUUCAAGCUUCCCAUUUACUCGUUUAUAUACCAUCAAAGAGGACAAAGCUCACGUUGUUUCAAUCUCCAGCGAGCAUAACGAAAUAGCCGUCUGGAACAUUUACGAACAGGCAGCCGUUCGUAGAAUCACGGGAAUUAACCAGCCAAAAGAUUUGAAGAUGAUCGAUGUUAAUCGUGCUUUGGUGUUGUGCAAUAGAGAAUUGAAGGUCUAUCAUUUAGAUCAAGGCUCCUUGGUAGUCAAAUUGAAAGGUUUGAUGAAUCAACAAAUGGCAUAUUAUGGCUUACAUAAUGAAAAAUAUGCUGUUGCCCUGUCUAGGAACAGAAUGUAUGUGAACAUGACUAAUUUAGAAACUGGUGAUUUGGAAACCACUUUUAAAGUUGGAGAGGACAGGGGAAUUGAAUACAGAACACCUUUCCCAUGA